ACUGAUGCCCCCUCGAAAAUUUGUCCCCUCAGCGGUCAGCACUUUUUCGCUCACCCAACUUUGUAGCGUGCCCGUUCAUGGAAGCCACCGUCCGAUCGACAUCAGCAAAUUCGAUCAAUCGUCGAUCGAUUAUAAAACCCGGCCGAUCGAUAGCCAAAGUCAUCAGUUCCAGUUCGAGUGCAGUCCAGUGCAGUACAGUCCUCCAGAGAAGUCUCGCUUCACCACCAAAAAAACCAGCAUCAUCAUGAACAAGUUCUGCGCCCUGAUCGUCCUGUCCGCCGCCCUGGUCGGCACCCUGGCCGACUACGCCCCAGCAGCCCCGGCCAAGUACGAGGCGCCCAAGGCCAGCUACGGAGGCGGUCACGGAGGAUACGCCGCCCCAGCUGCGGCCGGCUACGGUGGUGGCCACGCUGCCGGCGGUUACGGAGGAGCUGCUGCCCACGGAGGAUACGCCCCGGCCGCAGGUCAUGGAGGUUACGGCGGCGGUCACGGUGGAUACGGAGUUCCGGUGGUGCACUCGUACGCUGCCAAGGCCCCGGCUGCCAAGUGCGGUGCUAACCUGCUCGUCGGCUGCGCUCCCAGCGUAUCCCACGUGCCCUGCGUCCCUGUGCAUGGAGGUGGCCACGGAGGAUACGGCGCCGCCGCCGCUCACGGAGGUUCGUACGGAGGCUCGUACGGCGGACACGGUGCUGCCGCGCCCAGCUACGGACAUGCCGCGUACUAGGAAGCCGAAUCCGAGGACCUGAUGGACUACGAGAAUUGGACCGGAUUUAACGAGUGAAGUGUGCCUUAGUUUGGUUAGUUGAAUGCAAUAAUUGUUUCUUUUUGGUGAUGUGAUUGGGGGCAGUGCGUUGAAGACACUGCUGUGGGAGUGAAGAAUUUUAGCUAGAACUGAAUAAAUUGUUUUAUUUAAGAAA